GGCUGCAGAAGUCCCCUUUAGACUCCACCUUCACUGAGAGAGGGGGGGAGAGAAACAGAGUUAGGGCACCAGCGUGCUGUAGCACUUUCAGAAGAGUUUCAUACGUGCCCCUGCUGCGCUCACAGCAUCUGCAGUGGACUCAGCCAGAGAACUCAGGAGUUCUCACUGCUGAGAGUGAAAAUGCCAGUGAAAGUCUCUAUGCAACUGGCAUGGCUCUGUGUUAUCACCUUGUCCUUGGCCAUCUACCCAGCGUGGCUGCAGAAGCCUCCCAAGAGGAGAACGACCAGCGGGAACACCCAGCCCAAACUGAUGGGCUGCUGCGAUGAGAUGAAAGACCUCAAGCUGCAGAUAGCCAACCUGAGCACCAUGCUGGGGGCGCUGAGCAAGAAGCAGGAAGACGACUGGGUGAAUGUGGUUAUGCAGGUGAUGGAGCUGGAAGGGAGCACCAAGCAGAUGGAGUCCCGGCUCAUCGAUGCCGAGAGCAAGUACUCCGAAAUUAACAGCCAGAUAGACAUCAUGCAGCUGCAGGCAGCCCAGACGGUCACACAAACCUCAGCUGAUGCUGUCUACGACUGCUCAUCCCUUUACCAGAAGAAUUACAGAAUCUCCGGUGUUUACAAGCUGCCUCCAGAUGAAUUCUUGGGGAGCCCUGACGUAGAGGUGUAUUGUGACAUGGAGACAGACGGUGGUGGCUGGACCAUCAUCCAGAGGCGCAAAGUUGGCCUGAUCUCUUUCAACAGAGAUUGGAAACAAUACAAGGAAGGAUUUGGCAAUAUCCGGGGAGAUUUCUGGCUAGGGAAUGAAAAUAUCUAUCGGCUCUCCAGACGCCCGACCCUGCUGCGAGUAGAGCUGGAGGACUGGGAAGGCAACAUCCGCUACGCACAAUAUAACCAGUUCACCCUGAGCAACGCGAUGAAUAGCUACCGCCUUUUCCUGGGGAACUACACCGGCAACACAGGGCAUGACUCCCUAAGGUACCACAACAACACAGCCUUCAGCACCAAGGACAAGGACAACGACAAGUGCGUGGAUGACUGUGCCGCGCUCCGUAAAGGUGGAUACUGGUACAGCUGCUGCACAGAUUCCAACCUGAAUGGGGUUUACUACCGCAAAGGGGAACACACCAAAAACAUGGAUGGAAUCACCUGGUACGGCUGGCACGGCUCAACCUACUCUCUGAAAAGAGUCGAGAUGAAGAUCCGCCCAGAGGAUUUCAAACCCUAGGGGGAAGCAACACUCAACUGGAAAGCUACGGUGACAUUGCUGCACUGAGGGGAAACAUCCUGGAAUCUCAUAACCAGCCACUGAAAUGGUUUAACUUCAUCUAGAAAGUGUGCAAACGCAAGGGCUACAUACACUGACUAUGCAUCACACAUUAGUUCUGAGGCAGACUCGGGAGAGAGGAAAGGUAUCAACAUUACUAUGGCUCAGCCCAGUUCUCUUCUCUCAAGGCACUCUCCCCCACAACAGGAUACAUACUAUGUUAGAAUAGGCACAUCCUGCAGGAGCAGCAUCUUCAGGAAGCAUAUGGUGUGGUUACACUAGCACUGGGAUUUACAGGGUUGCCUUAUUGUUUGACCAGUUAGAGUUUAGGAAAAAUUCAGCUUUUACCCUCCUUUUCGCCAUCUCUGCCGUGUUUAGAUUCAUUGAGGGUGAAUACAAAUCUUGCCAAGGAAGAGAGUUUCUACCAAGACCCAAGAAACAGAGGAACGGGGCUUUUAUUUCAAACCCUUCGAACACCUUAGAAAUAUCCACAAUGAGAUGUUCCUCUAGUGCAUGUUAAUUGGCCCAUUCUCCCCACGUAGGAAAAGCUAGGUUGAGACUUUAGGCAAUUGCAUGUUGCACCUGCUCUUUCCUGAAGUCUCAUCACCGCCUUCCAGCCACUAGUCACAGGAAAACACCCAUGUAAGACUGUACUCCCAGGGAGAGACCUCAAGUCCCAUCUGCUCUAGGCUACGUGGAGCUGGGAGAUCUAUACUAGAAAGCACAUGAGGGACUGGGAUGCAACUCUCUGAGCUACAAUGAACUGAUUUGCAACGUUACUAGUGUUCCUCUUGGAACACAGAAGGCCCAUUUUGUGCCACCUCAUCACACUAUCAGCAAGACCAGGAGCGAACAGGGAGCAAACAGCCAGAAGCCUUUUAACAUUGACACUGUAUUCCAAAACACAAGGGGUGGGGUGGAGGGCUUUUAAUGUUUAACUGGAAAAAGGCAGGUUAAUGGAAGUGCUAGUAAACAAGGGAUCAAAUAAUACUGAGAUGAUGUGUGGCUCUAAUACAGCAAAGGAUCCUGGAUAAUAUUACGCACUAAGAGAAGCAAUCUCGAGUGGUCUGUGUUGUCACUGGAACCCAAGUUGUAUUUAAAGCUUUAUUCCAUCGAAUCUCUAUUUUAUAAUGCUUGAUCCUGAACUUCCACCUGCUUUUAACUUUCUGUUUUUACUUAAAAGAGAAUCCAGAUGUGGGAAAUAUUUAACACUCUGCUUUAUGGUUUACAAGCAUAGGAUUAUUCACCUUGUAUCAGACCUCUGGUCCAUGAAGAAAGCUCUAUUGCCACCAGCUGUGACCAGUAUUCGAUGCUUUAGAGAAAGGCAAAAUACAGGCACCUAGUAAAUUUCGCCAUGCUGCCCACAUGUCAGGGGUGGGGUGGGAGAAAAGGACCAUGUUAUUCCUUUCAUUACAGUAUUGAACGUUCAAAGCAAUGCAUCUGGGAGCAGAGCUUUCACGGAAGCCAGGGAAUCCUCAAGUGCCAAGGGAAAUUAGAAACCUACAAAAAUCCUCCCUUGCUGGUGGGAUGCCAUACCCGGGAAUUUCCAGGUUUGUUUUGGAGGGUUAUUUUUUGUUAGCACUGCCUAAAGGUUCCACGUUGAAAACCAGCACAUUCCAUUUCCUUACCUAAGAGUGUCUUGAAAAAGAUUGUUAAAAAGGGCAGCCACACCGUUGCUUGAAUAUGUAGAAAAAGACAGUUAUAGUUAAUAUAUCUAUUUUUAUUCACUUUACAAAAACAAAGCUUGAGCCUAAUUUAAAAUUUUCUGUCUUCUGCGGAACGGGAGAUAAAGGUUUCCUGGGAAAUGCCUUAUAUAUGUUGACUAUUCAUACCGUACAUUGGAACAGC